AUGGCGAGCGACAACGCCGCUAAUGGGUCAACGCCCGGGGCCAUCCCACCCGAGGCCAUCGAGUUCGCGACGCGCAUGUACAAUGCAGCGCGGGAGGGCCAGAUGGAUAUCUUCGAGCAAGCACUACCGGCAGGACUACCAGCCAAUCUGACCAACGACAAGGGCGACACACUCCUCAUGCUCGCCGCCUAUCACGGUCACGCAGAUCUCGUCAAGCUGCUAAUCCAGCACGGCGCCGACCCAAACCGUCUGAAUGAUCGCGGUCAGAGUCCGUUGGCUGGCGCACUUUUCAAGAAGGAAGAUGCGGUUAUUGACGUCUUGCUUGCGGGAGGUGCGGAUCCCGAAUAUGGCACCCCGUCUGCGCUUCAGUGUCUGUCCAUGUUCAAGCAGGAAGACACAUGGGGUGCCAAGUUCGAGGGAGCGCCUGGGAAGGGCAAAGCCGUGACGCCGUCGUCUGCUUGA